GAAAACACUGAAGGAGCCAUUCUGCCCUCACCACAUCAUACUUGUUGGAAGCAAUGAUGUUUUUCACUCUGACAUUCUCAGCUCCUACAAUGACACAGCAGAGAUGAAGCCUGGGAAAUCAUCACAUCUAAAGUGAAGCAAGAGUGCCCUCCAAGAACUUCAAGGGUUGAAUCUUCUUGAUAUAACUGGGACAUCAGACAGUUAUGGGGCAAGUCCAUGACUGAAUAUUGUAGUCUAGGAACAGAAGCAGUCUCGUCUAGAGAGAGGAUCAGGAUUUACCUGGAGUAAAAGAUCACUGACUUCUACAAUGGAAAAAUCAUGGAUGCUUUGGACCUUUGUUAAAAGAUGGCUACUAGCUUUGGCUUCCUGGUCUUGGAGUCUCUGCCGUAUUUGUCUUUUACCCUUGAUAGUGACUUUUCACUUGUACGGAGGCAUUAUACUCCUUAUAUUAAUAUUUGUGUCAAUAGCAGGUAUAUUAUAUAAGUUCCAGGAUGUUCUGCUUUACUUUCCUGAGCAGCCCUCUUCAUCACGCCUUUAUGUUCCUAUGCCUACUGGUAUACCACAUGAAAACAUCUUCAUCAAAACCAAAGAUGGAGUUCUUCUCAAUCUUAUUCUGCUGAGAUACACAGGGGACAAUGCAGCGUAUUCUCCAACCAUCAUUUACUUUCAUGGGAACGCAGGCAACAUUGGCCACAGGUUGCCAAAUGCUUUGUUAAUGCUGGUAAACCUGAAAGUAAACUUAAUUUUGGUCGAUUAUAGAGGGUAUGGCAAAAGCGAAGGAGAAGCAAGCGAAGAAGGCCUGUACUUAGAUUCUGAGGCUGUCUUAGACUAUGUGAUGACUCGUUCUGAUCUUGAUAAAACAAAAAUUUUUCUUUUUGGCCGUUCCUUGGGGGGAGCAGUAGCUAUUCACUUAGCUUCUGAAAAUUCCCAUAGGAUUUCUGCCAUCGUGGUGGAGAACACCUUUCUUAGCAUCCCAUACAUGGCCAGCACUUUGUUCUCUUUCUUUCCGAUGAGGUAUCUUCCGCUGUGGUGCUACAAAAAUAAAUUUCUAUCCUACAGAAAAAUCUCUCAGUGCAGAAUGCCUUCUCUCUUCAUCUCUGGGUUGUCUGACCAGUUAAUUCCACCAGUUAUGAUGAAGCAACUUUACGAAUUAUCCCCAGCUCGGACUAAGAGAUUGGCAAUAUUUCCUGAUGGAACUCACAAUGACACUUGGCAGUGCCAGGGUUAUUUCACUGCACUUGAACAGUUCAUCAAAGAAGUAAUAAAGAGUCACUCCCCUGAAGAAAUGGCGAAAACAUCAUCUAACGUAACAAUAAUAUAAUUGAUAUUCUUCUUUGAGGUGGAGUGGGGCAAGUACCUGCACUGUACCUUGAUUUGUGAUAAGUGGUAAAAGAAUGUUUGUUUUCAAAUGUAUGUCAUGUCUGUACUUGCCUAAAGAGUGAAAUUAAACUUGGAAAGGUCUGAUAUUUUAUUAAGGUGUUCCAGAUAACUUUUACAUUUGCAGCAUUGUAAAUGAACCAUUUUAUGUCUUUCUCAUACUUUUUUGGUAUCUCUGUCCAUAUAUUCCACUUGUUUGAUAUGUACAACAGAUGCUAUUAAAGAAACUUGCUACAAAAGUAGUACAGAAUGUAUUUAGAACAA